AGAAAAAGAACGAAACAAUUUUCCGCCUGCAUUUUACAACGGCAAAUUUCAACUUUCUAUCCCCGAACCCGAACCAAAAUAACAGAGCCGUCCGGUGCUGACUGCCACCUUCUUCCGUUUAAACUUUUGCAUUUCUACUACCAUUUCUUUCAGAUUCGUAGCUCAGACGUUACGAUCCCUGAUCUUAUUAUCCUGAGCACCCCUAGUAUUUCUCUCUUUCUCUCUGGCACUCUGGCAGCACCUUUUACUUUUCUUUCCCAAAAUAUCACAACACAAUCACUGUCCAGCUUCGAUUUUUCAUGCUAUUAGCGUUAUUGGGGGAUAGAAGAAUCUUUUCUCCUCUGUUAUGCUAGAGAUCACGGUCUGUUCUUCUUCGCAUCUUCUGGAGAGUUUUCUCUCGAAGUAAUGGAGUUCGUGGGCAGGACUCUGAAGAAGCAAUUUCGAGGGGUUCAGGACUUAGCUGGUGUUGUAGAAUCGUACGACGAGUCUUCUGGGGUUUUCAAGAUCUCUUACGAAGGUGGUGGUUCGGAGGAGAUUGAAUUUGACGAGGUUGCUUCGAUUUUGGAGGGAAAGGGGGAGCCUGGUUCAGCUGAUUUAAACGAGAGGGAAAGCCAUGGGCGGAAGCCGAAGAAGCGGCGCCUGGAAGAGCCAGAGCAGGAAAUUCGCAGUGAUUCAGGUAAGUCUACUGAUUGUGUGAUGACCAAUUUAUGUUUCGAAAAGGGCUAUGAAGAAACCCAAGUGAAAGAUGGUUUGACUGAUGGAGUAUAUUCGGAAACCCUAGAGAUGGAAUGUGAGUUGGGUAGGAAUUUGAGGGGAAAUGCCUCUGUUAAUAGGUAUUUAAGGGAAAAUGGUUGUUCUGAUGGGUUUAAUUUGAAUAGAAAUGUUCCUGUUGACGAAAAUUUGAAGAAAAAUGCUGAUUCUGAUGGGGAUUUGGACGGAAAUGAUUGUGUUGGGUCUGCUGAAGAAAGUCCGGAGAAACGAUAUGGUGUUCUUUUGAAUUAUAGUAUUCACGAAGAAGAAGCAGGAGUAAAGAAGGAUCAUUCUGGGGAAGAUUUCAUAGAAAGUGCUCCUUUUAAAAUGCAUGAAGAAACCCAGAUCAAGGAAUUCGGCUCUGAUGGAGAUUUUAAGAUAACGUGUACUGUUGGAGUUGCUGAAGAAACUCAAAUAAAGGAUGGUAUUUCAAAUGGAAGCUUGAAGGAAGAUACUUCAGUAUCCAAUACAUACACCCAAGAGGAGAAUAGUUCUGGUUUUAGUAAGGGCAAGCUGGGAAAUGCUUGUAUACGGAUGGUUGAAGAAAGUCAAGAGGAUGAGAGAGAUCUUUGCGGAGAUUUGCAGGGAAAUGCUUUACCUGAGGUUGGAAGAGCUACCUGCAUUAAGGAUGGUAGUUGUGGUGAGCUUCAGUUGAAGGAAGUCAAUUAUGAGGAUGAUUUUGCAGUGAAGGGGAAUGGAAUUGAAAUGGGAACCCCAGAUAAGGAUGAAAAUAGUUGUAAGAAAAGAAGGCGGCUUUCUGACAAUUUGAAAUCUACAAAGGAGAAAGUGCUGAGGAGGAGUGCUCGCAGAACAUCAUCCCAAAUAUCUUCUUUGGGUCACACCUCAAGCACAGAGAAAUCUUCUGCAGCUGACAAUGUGUCAACAUCCCCUGCAGUUAAUUCUCUAUCAGAGGAGAAAUCCAUUGGCUCAGGUUGUGUUGGAUUUGAAGGGCAAGAAAGUAGUCCUUCGAAGUUGGCCCUCCCCCCUUCUUCAAAAACUCUGGAUUUAGAUGGGAUUCCUAUUUUUGACCUCUUCUCUGUUUAUGCUUGUUUAAGGUCUUUCAGCACUUUAUUAUUUUUAAGUCCCUUUAGUGUGGAAGCUUUUGUAGUAGCAUUGAAAUGCAAGUCUGCUAAUUCUUUAAUUGAUUUCGUACACUUCUCUAUCUUGCGCACUUUGAAGAUGCAUUUAGAAUUCUUUUCUGAUGAGGGCUCUCAAUCUGCUUCUGCUUGCCCGAGGACUCUUAACUGGCAGUUGUUGGAUCCAAUUACAUGGCCUGUUUUUCUGGUUGAGUACCUACUUGUUCGUGGUUCGGGAUUGAAAUCCGGUUUCGAUCUUAGUCAGUUGAAACUUUUGGAUGGCGAUUACUAUAAACAAUCUGUAACUGUAAAGGUUGAGAUACUUCGAUGUCUAUGUGAUGAUGUCAUUGAGGUGGAAGCUGUAAGGUUGGAGCUUAAUAGAAGAAUGCGUGCCCUUGACAUGGAUAUCGAUAAGAUAGGAAACUUGGAGAUUUACAAAAAGAAAAAGGAUCCCAUGGAUGACUCAGCCGGUUCUUGCUUGACUGAAGAGAUUGUUGAUGAAACCAUUGAUUGGAAUAGUGAUGAAUGCUGUCUCUGUAAGAUGGAUGGGAGCUUAAUAUGUUGUGAUGGCUGUCCAGCAGCUUAUCAUUCAAGAUGUGUAGGUAUUUCCAAGGAUCUUUUACCAGAGGGCGAUUGGUACUGCCCGGAAUGUGAAAUAGACAAAAAUAACAUGCAGAUGAAAUCAACGAAGUCUGUCCGAGGAGCAGAACUUCUGGGAAUUGAUCCUUAUGGGCGACUAUAUUUUGGCAGUUCUGGUUAUCUUCUGGUGUCUGAUUCAUGUGAUUCAGAAUCAUCUUAUUACUGUUACCACAAGGAUGAUUUGAAUGCUGUACUGGAAGUGCUAAAGUCAUCAGAUACUGUCUAUGGUCAAAUAAUAAGUACAAUCUCAUCAUACUGGGGCAUUUCUAGUGAUUCAACUGGAGCAGGUAAUUUGGAGUCUCAUGCUCAUACUGUAUCCCAAGACAUAGAUUUGGGAGGACAAAUCUCCAUUGUCCAUCUUUCUUCUUCAAUGGUGCCACUUUCAGUGAUGGGUGAAGCUAAAAAUGAGGCAAUUAAUGAAGGAAGGCCAAAUGAAGGUUCUGUUAUAAGUGAAGGUUUAGCCCAUCAAAGCAGCAAGAUUUCAGAUUCUAUUAGCAGGCUCAACUCAGCAACCGUGAACCAGUUUAUGGAGAUGGCAAGCCCACUUGCAAGUUCUGAAGGCUCUGCUGAUAUCUCACAGGUCAAUGCAGGCAAGCAAACAUCUCAGAAAAAUGGUGCUGAUUGUUCCAAUAAAUUAAUUCAAAGUGCGGACUCUGAAAUCCCUGUGAAGCUCCAAUCUGCCAUUGGAGAGGACUUACCCAAUCCUGCUGACUUGGGUGUUAAACAAGAAGAGGGUUUCAUUGGGGAGCAAUUAUCCAAACCUGCUGACUUAAAUGACAAACAAGAAAAGGGUUUAGCACCUGCUGUUCCCAUUCAUACAUCCCCAGUAAAUAAUACUAAACGAGUGGUGCCAUCUCCAAUGCAGUUUGAAUCUGGUUCUUAUGUUAAUUGUUACAUUUUUGCUCAGACAGCGGCAUCUGUUGCAGAAGAGUUACUGCACAAGUCAUCAGAACGGAUAAAUGAAGACCCUAACUCAUCUGUUGACGAGAUAGUCUCAGCACAGCUAAAGGUCAUUUCUAAGAAGUCAACAAAGCUUUGUUGGUCAAAUAUUCAGAAUCUUUACAAGGAUCUGCAGAAAGAAAAUUGCGGGUGGUGCUUCUCAUGUAAAAAUCCCACUGACAGUGGGAAUUGCUUAUUUAACAUGUUUAAUAAGAAGCAUCCUCCAGAAGGUCCUAAAAGUGGUGCAGUUGGCCUUCAUUCUAAAAAGAACAGGAAAAACCAUCUUUUUGAUGUUAUACAUCAUAUUCUCUCCAUUGAACAUCGUUUGUCUGGGCUUCUCUCUGGUCCAUGGCAGAAUCCCCUUUAUAGCAUGCAGUGGCGCAAAAGUGUCCUUAAAGCAUCUGAUAUUGCAUCAGUAAAACGUCUGCUGCUCAUUUUAGAGUCGAGUUUGCGCCGCAUUGCACUUUCAGAAGAAUGGUUGAAACAGGUGGAUUCUGUUUUUACAAUGGGAUCAGCUUCUCAUGUCUUGACCACCUCCGUAAACCUGCCUUCAAAACAUGGGAUUGGCAGGAAACGUGGCAGAUUUUCAGAUGCUGAUUCCAGUUUUUCUUCAAAUACUGCUGGUUCAGGUAUCUUUUGGUGGAGGGGUGGAAGGCUUUCACGUCAAGUAUACCAUUGGAUGUUUCUACCCCACACCUUGGCAUACAAAGCUGGCAGACAAGCUGGAUGCAUAAAGAUACCUGGCAUAUUGUAUCCCGAUGGAUCAGAGUUAGCUAAGAGAAGUAAAUACAUUGCCUGGCGAGCUGCACUUGAGAUGUGUAUAAGUGUUCCACAACUUGCUUUUCAGGUUAGAGAGCUAGACUCAAAUAUUCGGUGGGAUGACCUGGAAAACAAUAUGCUCUUGUUUAAGAUGUCUAAGGAACUUUGGAAAUUAAUGAGGCCAUUCAAGAAGGUGACAAUAAGGAGGAAAUGUAUGGAAGGAGCUCAAGUGAAGUAUCUUCUAGAUUUUGGCAAGAGGAAAACCAUCCCAGAUGCUGUUCUCAAGCAUGGGGUCAUGCUUGAAGUGUCCUCUAGUGAAAGGAAGAAAUAUUGGUUGGAUGAGUCUCAUGUUCCUUUGAACAUCUUGAAGGCCUUUGAAGAAAAGAAAUUAUCUCGAACGUCCAAUAAGCAGAAUUCUGCAAAGCUUCAGGAUGCAGUUGUCACAGUCCUGAAGAAUCACUCCAGAAGAAUUGGACUUUCCUACCUUAUGUCAAAAGGAGAAAAAUCUGAGAACUACCAGUGUGGGCACUGUAACAAGGACGUGCUGGUCAGUGAAGCGGUGGACUGUCAGCAUUGCAAAGGCUUUUUCCAUAAAAGGCAUGUCAAGAAAUCUAAAGGGACCACCUUUUCUGAAAGCAUAUAUACAUGCCACAAAUGCAUCAAUCAGGAUAUUAAGCAUAUGAAGGGAAAAACACGCCGGGGAAAAACAAAAUCAAAGAAGAGCAAAAAAGCCUCUGCAGAUGGGCAGCUAGGACGACUACAGUCUAGCAAGGAAGUCCUCACGGAAGGACGUUCAGUACGAUUACGAGCCAAUAAGAAGAUCUCCAUGGAAAGACGACCAGUACAAUCACAAACCAGUAAGAAGACCCCCAUGCAUGGACGGCUAAUACAGACACAAGUCAGUAAGGAGCCCCCCAUGGAAGGACGGGUUUUACGAUCUAGAUUCAAUAAGAAAGUCUCUACAGAGGUACAGCCAUUACGAUCACAAAAUGGUAGAAAAGCCUCCAAGAAUGGAAAGCUGGUAGGAGCACUGAACAGCAAGAAAUCAUCUGCAGAGGGAAAGCCAAAGUGUUUAACCAAGAAAGUGAAGUACUUGUCUCUGCAAAGCAAACAAAUUGGUAGACACAAGAAAGGGAAAAAAAGUCAAACAAAAAAGAGGAUGUCCAAUAAGUCUAAGAAGGAAACUUGUUGGCCCAAGAGGAAAAGAACAAAAAUUUACCAUACUUACUGGCUGAAUGGUCUGCAUCUCUCUCGCAAAGCAAAUGAUGAUCGCAUGCUGCCUUUUAGAGAAAGAAAGCUUAUUCUUCCAUCCAAAAGUUCAAGUGACACUCUUGUGCAACCCAAAUGCUGCCUUUGUUUUGAGGCUGGACAUACACCUUCCUUGGCUUAUGUUGGUUGUGAAAACUGUGAAGAUUGGUUUCAUGCAGAUGCAUUUGGGCUUACUGCCAAAACAAUUGAUGGUCUUCUUGGGUUUAGAUGCCAUAAAUGCCGUAAGAGGAACCCCCCUAACUGUCCACAUAGACAAAAUAUGGCCAUUGAUGGGGUUAAUUCAGGGAAAGGUUGUGCUCAAGAUGUAUCAGAUAUUGACAUCCUUCCAAGGGAGGAAGCUGAAAAGGAGAAAGCUUCAUGUGAAGAGUUCCCAGGUUCAUCUUUCAUGCAUGAACCUGUUCUUAAGAAGCAGAAAAUAGAUCUAUCUCCAGAUAGUAAAGAGAACUUCACGCUGGCGUGCAUGAAUAAGUCAGAAAAGGGGUCUGAAUCAGUUAAUAAUGAGUGGAAAGGAGAUAAAAUUCCAGAUUCUGUUAAUGGGGAACAGAAAUCAGAGGUUAUUCCAGAUCCUAAUGAGACUGUUAUGUUGGACUGUGAAACAGAACCAGAAGGGCAUGCUACUGUUCAUUCAAUUGUUGAUUUGAUGCAUCAAUCUUGUAAAUCUGAGGAGGAUGUAAUAGAAAGGCAAGCAGUACCUUUGGGAUGUAAAGAGAUGGAAGAUGGCUCGGUGGAGACAACAACCAGCCCAGAGGCGGUUGUGUCUUCAACACUUGGUGAUUCCACCAUGUUGCAUAGCAUAACAACCCUGUCAUCAAUUGAAUUACUAGACACAGGAGACAAUAUGUAGAUUAGUUUAUAUUUGUGGAUUUUCUAAUGUUGACAUGCAGGCAGAAGGGCAAAGUUUUCCCGCGCUGAUUCAUUUGAAAUUGCAAAAUAAAGAGCUAUAUUUGAGAAUGAAAAGAAUCUUUGGUUCCAUUCCAUUUUUAGGGAAAUCAUUUCCUUCCACUAGUUUUGCUCCAUUAGGAUGGAGCAUUGCUAAAAUUGCAGUGAAAUUUGGGUUUGGUGCCCUGAUGCCUUCAUAUGUUGUCCUUGGAACUUGUAUGGAAGUGGUUUAACUUGCAUUGUUUUAUGCCUUUUGAGCAUGCUCACUUUCUCA